AUGUUGCAUUGGGCGAGAGGUAGCUGCAUGCUGUGUAUAAAGCCAAGGGACCUCGAAGGAUUUUCAUCGGGCCGUGCCCGGCCUCUGCUAAAAUGUUCGAGAGAAGCCAGAAAAAAACACAAAUUAUGCACGAAAAUUUCAGACAGGAAUAAGGAGAAACCCCAACCAGCCACUAGACAGUCUAGAUACCCGAAGAGAGCAGUGAGCCGCAAGUCCUACAACAAAGAACAUGUUCCUGAUGAUUCUGAACUCUAUAGAUGUGAGUACUGUGGAUCACUCUAUGCCAUUCCUCUUGUUUUAGCGAAGCAUCUCAAGUACAAACAUGGACACUAUGGUAUCCUCCCACCAGCAGGUGCACCAAAGGAAGACAUUCUACAGUUCAUCAAAGGAGAAAUCAGAAGUACUAAAAAAAACUAUGUAUUUGAUCAAUGCGGCAAGGCAUUUGAUCAAAUAAAUAAUCUCACAAAACAUAAACGCAUCCAUACAGGUAAGAAACCCUAUGAACCCAUUCAAUGUGGUAUUAAGGCAUUAAAUCAACUUCAAGCUGGUGAUCUCAGAACACGUAAACGCAUCUAUACAGGUGAGAAGCUUUAUGCAUGUGAUCACUGUGGUAAGGCAUUUAACGAUGCAGGUAAUCUUACAAGACAUGUACGCAUCCAUACAGGUGAAAGGCCCUAUGCAUGUGAUCAAUGUGGUAUGGCAUUUAAUCAAGCUGGUGAUCUCACAAGACAUGAACGCAUCCAUACAGGUGAGAAGCCCUAUGCAUGUGAUCGAUGUGAUAAGGCAUUUAACAAUGCAGGUAAUCUUACAAGACAUGUACGCAUCCAUACAGGUGAGAAGCCCUUUGUAUGUGAUCAAUGUGGUAAGGCAUUUAAUCAAGAACAUGGUCUCACAAGACAUGUACGCAUCCAUACAGGUGAGAAGCCCUAUGUAUGUGAUCAAUGUGGUAAGGCAUUUAAUCAAAUGAAUAGUCUCACAGCACAUAAACGUAUCCAUACAGGUGAGAAGCCAUUUAUAUGUGAUCAAUGUGGCAAGGCAUUUGAUCAAACGAAUAAUCUCACAAAACAUAAACGAAUCCAUACAGGUGAGAAACCUUAUGCAUGUGAUCAAUGCAGUAAGGUUUUUAGUUAUAAAAGUAAUCUCAUAACACAUAAACGCAUCCAUACGGGUGAAAAGCCUUAUGUAUGUGAUCAAUGUGGUAAGGCAUGUAAUCAAGCUGGUGAUCUCAAGAAACAUAAACGCAUCCAUACAGGUGAGAGGCCCUAUGUAUGUGAUCAAUGUGGUAAGGCAUGUAAUCAAGCUGGUGAUCUCACGAAACAUAAACGCAGGCAUACGGGUGAGAAGCCAUUUAUAUGUGAUCAAUGUGGUAAGGCAUAUGGGGAUUCAUCAACGUUAAGAAGACACAAAAAGAAAUGUAAAUGAAAUACAGAAUCAAUGAAGGAAAAUGGUGCUCAAUGUUCAUCAAAUGGGAAGGCUUCCCUUGUGGCAGUGUUACGCUGGGUUUUCUUUAGUAGCAGUUUUACACUGGGUUUUUUCGGUUUAAAUUUUGUUUUCUCUUGUAGCAGUUUUAAGUUUGGUUUUCUCUUCUGGCAAUUUUACGCUUGGUUUUUGCUUGUAGACAUUUUACGUUUUGAUUAUCUCUUGUUUCCGUUUUACGGGUUUUUUUCUCUUGUAGCAGUAUUACGUUAGGUUUUUUCUUGUAGCAGUUUGUCUGUUUCUCAGAUAUGUAGAUAUAAUUAUAAUGGAAAUUAUCAGUUUUUCAUGAUUUCUGUUCAAUGGUAUAUGAAGUAACGUGUUUCUAUGUAUGUGUACAUUUCCAAGUAACUAUUAAUCAACUUUUAUUACUUCAGGGGGGUGUUUCACAAAGAUCCUAAGUUGAACUUAAUUUUAAGUUGGACUUAAAAAUUAUGGACAGCCAUUGGAGUCGUAAAAUGAAAUAUAUUCAA